AUGGGUGCGUUUGAAUUUGAUAAGUCAAGAAAAGUGAUUGGAGUGCCUCGAUUUGCUCAAAAAAGUGAUACUAGUCCAUUUGAAUCUAGAAAAGCAAAAAAAGUGUUUGAAGUGGCUCAAGGUGCUAAGGAAACUGAAACCAGUAUUCUGUUUGAAUUUGACAAGGCUAAAAAAGUGACUGAAGUGUCUCGGCAAGAUCAAAGAAGUUUGUUUGAAUCUAGAAAAGCAAAAAAAGUGGUUGAAGUGGUACAAGAUGUUGAAGGAAUUGAAACUAGUCCAUGUGAAACAGAAAGGACAAAGAAUGUGAGGGGAACAAAUAUUUGUAAGAAUGUUUUGCGAUUGAGACCUGGAGAAAAAUUAAAAGUCACUUUCUAUCAAAAUCAAGUCGUCGGGCAGAAUCACACCUCAUUUACGAGACACUUGGGUUUGAUAGUUCAUGAUCGUAAUAUGUGUCCACUCCGGGUACACUCAUGGAUGGACAUUGAAGAGAAUAAGCUUGAGCACAUGUGGGCAGUUGUUACUGAGAAGUUUGACAGUGAUGACAUGAAUGAUCAAAAAGAUAAUGUUUUGCAACAUAUGAGAAAGCUUUGGAAUAACUGGCGAGGAUCAUUGCACAAGAAUGUGAAAUCUAAAUCAUUGCACGAGGUUCUUAAAGAUGUGCCGAUGGGAGUAGAGAAGAGUGAUUGGGAAUGGUUGGUCAAGGAAUAUUUUUUAUCUGAGAAAUAUAAGGAUUGUGAUAAUUUCAGUUGGUGUGUUGUUAAUGCAAGACGCAAGUACAAGAAACUCAGUCAAUAG